GCGAAGAGAGAAGGAAGGAAGCGAACAGCAGCAACAGGAGUAUCGCUAACUGACCGGAGCGUAACUUUCGUCAUCAGCACACAACUCUGCCGUGGAAUAAAGAAAACCGACAACUAACGUGAGGCCACAACAACAUCGACAACAACAACAGCAGCAGCUUGUGUUCGCUAUUGUUGAGUCAGAAUUGCUGACUGACUGCCUGUUAGACUGACCGAGUGACUGGUUUCCGCCGGACUGGAACAAUGAUGUGCAGACGAUGACCGUGGUGUCCCUCAUUACCAGACUUCCUCUGUGGUGACACAGAGUUUUCCAACCAGGGUCCGGACUGUCUACCUCAACAAAUGUGGUGUCCACUUCCUCUGAAUUACCUCACUGGACGUCCACUACUCCUCCUCUACCUCAGCACAUACUGUGCACUCGCAUAACUGUUAUCAGCAGGCUCAGAGAGGUCAACUGGGCCCUCACUUUAUCACUGCUGCUCCCAGGUAUCAGUCACCCAGCAAAAGUGUACUAGUUGGCACGGGUUCUUCCUGCUUUACAGCCAUAAUCAUUAUCUGACCCUGAGCUGGGUGGAGCUGCCAGAAGCAGCAAUGUUACGUGUUAGUUUGUGAUGUGCGAGCCCUGCGAAGGACCUGGAGAGCGAGGAGGGGAGAGACGAGGGAUGGGUGACACAGGCGACGUGGUUGGCAGUGAAGAUGAUGAGCAGCACUUCGGUGAAAUGGAGACGAGCUUGAAGAACGAAAUGUUUCAAGGAGAAGAAAUGGAGGAUGAUGAGGAUGAGUCGCCACCAGAGAGACAGAUUGUGGUCGGCAUAUGUGCCAUGAUGAAGAAGUCCAAAUCCAAGCCCAUGACUCAGAUCCUUGAGCGCCUUUGUAAGUUUGACUACAUUGACAUGGUCAUCUUUCCCGAGGAGGUGAUCCUAGAGGAACCUGUGGAGAAAUGGCCCCUCUGUGACUGCCUCAUCUCCUUCCACUCCAAAGGUUUUCCUCUAGACAAAGCGGUGGACUAUGUCAAACUCAGGAAUCCACUGCUCAUCAAUGACCUCAACAUGCAGUAUUUCAUACAGGACAGGAGAGAAGUGUACCGUAUCCUAAAGGAAGAGGGCAUUGACCUACCACGUUAUGCCGUGUUGAACCGAGAUCCCGACAAUCCUGAAGAGUGUAACUUGGUAGAAGCAGAGGACCACGUUGAGGUGAACGGAGAGGUGUUCCACAAACCCUUUGUAGAGAAACCUGUGUGUGCCGAAGACCACAAUGUCUACAUCUACUACCCAACAUCUGCUGGAGGAGGCAGCCAGAGACUCUUCAGAAAGAUCGGGAGUCGCAGCAGUGUAUACUCACCAGAAACCAGUGUACGAAAGACUGGGUCCUACAUCUAUGAGGAGUUCAUGCCCACGGAUGGUACUGAUGUGAAGGUUUACACAGUGGGUCCAGACUACGCCCAUGCUGAGGCGCGAAAGUCCCCUGCCUUGGAUGGAAAGGUAGAGAGGGACAGUGAGGGCAAGGAGAUCCGCUACCCCGUCAUGCUUACUGCCAUGGAGAAACUAGUGGCCCGCAAGGUCUGCCUGGCCUUUAAGCAAACCGUUUGUGGGUUUGAUUUGCUCAGAGCCAAUGGCCACUCCUUCGUCUGUGAUGUUAAUGGUUUCAGCUUUGUCAAAAACUCCAUGAAGUACUAUGACGACUGUGCCAAAGUGUUGGGGAACAUGGUAAUGAGGGAGUUAGCCCCCCAUUUCCACAUCCCCUGGUCCAUCCCCAUGGAGGCUGAAGACAUUCCCAUAGUCCCAACCACCUCAGGAACCAUGAUGGAGCUUCGCUGUGUUAUUGCUAUUAUCCGCCAUGGAGAUCGUACACCAAAACAAAAGAUGAAAAUGGAGGUCCGGCAUCCUCUAUUCUUUGAGUUGUUUGAGAAGCAUGGAGGCAACAAGUCAGGGAAGCUGAAGCUAAAAAAGCCAAAACAGCUGCAGGAAGUACUAGAUAUUGCCCGACUUCUGCUGGUUGAACUGGGCCAGCACACUGACUGUGAGAUUGAGGAGAAGAAAUCUAAACUGGCGCAACUGAAGACUGUUUUGGAGAUGGAAUCCAGCUUGAUUGACACUCAGUAUGGUCAUUUCUCGGGUAUUAAUAGGAAAGUCCAGCUGACAUACCUGCGCAGUGGCCAGCCCAAAGCAUCCAGUGAAGAAGAAGACUCUAAGAAGGAUGGUCCUUCGCUGCUGCUGGUGUUGAAGUGGGGUGGGGAGCUGACGCCUGCAGGCCGGGUUCAGGCUGAGGAGCUGGGCAGGGCGUUUCGCUGCAUGUACCCUGGAGGCCAAGCUGGUAACCAUCGGUCCCUUGGCUGUGAGUCCCCUAUUGACUUUGGUGACUAUGCUGGGUUUCCUGGGUGUGGCCUUCUGCGCCUGCACAGCACAUACCGCCAUGACUUGAAGAUCUACGCCUCUGAUGAAGGCAGAGUGCAGAUGACAGCUGCUGCCUUUGCCAAGGGUUUGCUGGCACUCGAAGGAGAGUUGACACCGAUCCUGGUUCAGAUGGUCAAGAGUGCCAACAUGAAUGGACUGCUCGACAGUGACAGUGACUCUCUGACAGACUGCCAGCAGAAGGUGAAGGCCAGUCUACAUGAAAUCAUGCAGAAGGAUCAGGACUUUACACCUGAGAACUAUGACAAGUUGGCCCCAACAGGUAGUCCAUCACUGGUGAACUCCAUGAAGGUCAUAGAGAAUCCAGUCAAGACCUGUGACAAGGUGUACACCCUCAUCCAGAGUCUCACCUCCCAAAUACGAAAGAGAUUGGAAGACCCCAAGAGUGCAGACCUGCAGCUUUACCACAGCGAGACGUUGGAGCUAAUGUUGCAGCGCUGGUCUAAAUUAGAGCGAGAUUUCCGUAUGAAGAAUGGGCGCUACGACAUCAGCAAGAUCCCGGACAUCUAUGACUGCAUCAAAUACGACACACAGCACAACUCAUCGCUUGCACUGGAGGACACGCUGGAACUAUUCAGGCUCUCCCGCGCCCUCGCUGACAUAGUUAUACCACAGGAGUAUGGCAUCAGCAAAGCUGAGAAACUGGACAUUUCUCAGGCUUAUUGUGUUCCUCUGCUGAAGAAAAUCCAGCUAGACCUACAGAGGACCCAUGAGGACGAGGCUGUUAACAAGCUGCACCCUCUGUAUUCCCGUGGUGUGAUGUCUCCUGGUCGUCACGUACGCACACGUCUCUACUUCACCAGUGAGAGUCACGUUCACUCCUUGCUCAGCAUCUUCCGCUACGGAGGACUGCUGGAUGAGGAAAAGGACCAGCAGUGGAAACAGGCAAUGGACUACCUAAGUGCUGUGACAGAACUCAACUACAUGACACAGAUAGUCAUCAUGCUAUAUGAAGACAACGAUAAGGAUCCCUCCUCAGAAGAGCGUUUCCAUGUUGAGCUUCACUUCAGUCCAGGAGUCAAAGGAUGUGAUGAUGAGGAAAAUGUGCCACUUGGCUUUGGCUUUCGCCCAGCCUCAUCUGAGAAUCAAGACAAAAAGCCAAAUCAGGGCAGUCUGGAGGAUCUCUCCCAGGACCAGCCUGACCAGGCUCUUCACAUUUCAGACCCAAUCAACAUCCAGCGAAGGUCUCCUAUGAUUCGCAACCGCAAGACGGGUUCCAUGGAGGUCCUCUCUGAGACUUCUCCCACCCAGUCCACCAAAGGCUCCAUGUCCCAUCGACUGUUCCCCUCCUGUUCACGCCAGUCUCCUGAGAUCAAACCAACCAUUGGCUUAGGCUCGCUCUGCUCUGGCCUCUUCAGUGCCUCCGUCCUUGGGGUGUCCUGUAGCGCCCCCAACCUGCGAGACUACGUCCGCACGCACCACCACCACCGAAAACCACCUCUGUCCCCUGGCAGUCUGCCAUGUCAGACUGGCAUGUUUGAGCUGUUCUCUAUGCCGGCAGUAAAGAGAUUUUCUGUGUCGUUUGCCAGGCAUCCAACUAAUGGUUUUGAAGGCUGCUCCAUGGUGCCCUCUAUCUACCCACUGGAGACACUGCACAACUUGCUCUCAUUGAAGCAAGUGGAAGAGUUUCUCAGCCGGGUGUGUGAGAGCAGCAGCGAUGCCCAUGCCAAGACCAUGAAAGCACUUUCCAGCUUGUUUAACUCUCAGAGCCAGACGUCUCUCUACUGCCUGCAGCAGCCUCUAUCCUCUUCUGGGUCAGAGACGUCUCUUCGUCCACCAAGUCAGCCUCUGUGGCAUGGCAGCAUCCCCUCUAGUGCUGUGUCCAGUGCGGGCCCCUCUUCUCCGGUCACAGAUAGCUCCGGCAUGAACUUCAGCUUCAGUGAGUAGGAGAUGGAGGAAAACACAAGCACCUCUCUGAAUGUCUGGUUCUCUACAUGCGCCAUAAUUUCCUCUGUCCGAGAAGCUCACGAGAAAAAGACGAGGGAAUUGCUACUUUCUGGAGUGGGACCACAUUGCCUUAGGUAAUACAAAGAGCCAGACUGUAAAUAUUACCACUUUAUCAGGGAACAUGGACUCACCUGAUGCACCCUGACAACACUGAACCUUCCCCAAGUUUAAAACCACUCAUCACCUCCGUGUUCCUCUUCAGUGUUUCUACAUAUUCAUAAACCUGCUCUGACAACAUGAACUGAACAUCAAGCUAACAGUCACCACAGCUGUGCCUUUCAUUUAGUCCGGAUGCUGCCCACAUUAAAAACCAAAAUCUGUUUUAUAGAACCGAUCAAACACCAGCUGCCUUAUUUCAUACUAUACCUGCUGACAUUUGGCUAAAAUGCAUUCGACGGCCGAGCUGUCAGCUGUCGUAUGUUACAAUUUGGAAAUCCACAAAGUGACCGCGGACUAUUUUCUUCACUCUGUUGCCUUACAACAGUACAUGCAGCCAGUCAUAGCAGGGCGAGAGAAAGAAACAGGCUGUUGAAGCCAAAGGCCAUUUCAGCUUCAAAUGUCAAAGCCAAAGUGUAAAAAACCCUCUGAAAAAUACAUUUAAGUUGGAAAAGUACAUUAAUACCACUCAUAUAUCUGAAAAUAUGAUGUCAUGUAGCCAGAUACUAGGACGCUUGGGUAAGCACAAUGGAAAUGAGGGAAAAUGUGCAGUCACCUCUCACUGAUGCAUCUCAUUUUUAAAAUUUGGACAAGAAUCAAAAUGCAAAACUGACCGCUUAUAUUUCAGACACUUUCAGAUUCUGAAAUUUUAAUUUAUGCAGGACAGUUUUUGUCAACCUUAAAGAAACAGGAUCGAAUGUAUUUAUAUCCCAUUUGCUAGAUCUGUCUUUAAACCGUUAACUCCGAUUGUUUUGAAAUUGUCACAAAUGCAACUAACCAAAGGAGAUGGUGCAGCGCCAAAGUAGAGAUUAUAAUAUAACAAACAUCCUCCCUCAGGAAUCUGACACACGCAUGAUUUUACCGGUUGUUAAUUUCAAAAGUCUGAUUAAUCUCAAGUGUGUAUUUAACUGUGCUUUUUAAACAACUUGUGAGAGAAAUCUUUAAGCCAGAGUUGUGUUCUACACACUGUAGGUUUCCUGCUGUAUUCGUAUAACUUAUUUUUUAAUUAUUUUGUGGGAGUGUUUACAAAUCAAAUCAGAAUUCAAGAAAUUAUAGAUUUAUUCCAGGGUUAGAGGGAGAAACCACUUCUUUAGGGUAAGAGUAUACAUUUGCUGCCUGAAUACUGCAGAUUUCUUGAUUUCUUUCACUCUAUGCUGAAUUCUCUCACUGUUUUGUCAACAUGCAGUCCAUGCCAAAUCACCUGUACGUUUCAAUGUUUAAUCAGAUGACACGUUGAAGCCAAACUACAAGUCUAAAAAUGCAAUUUUUUUUUUUACCACUGUGACUGAACGUAGCUUCAAAUCAAAUCUGUUGAUUUAAAUGUGUUAACAUUCUAGAUUUCUAGUAUUUUACUACUUUGACCAAAAACUUGUCGAGUUAAAGCUCCAUCAUAAAGCAACAA